AUGAUGUCUGAAACCGAAGCAGAUGGGAAUAUCGAAGCACAUACAACUGAAGAUGUUGAUGCAAAUGAUUUGUUAGAAGCAACAUAUGAAACUCAAGAAAUAAAAGAUGCAAAUGUUGAAUGUGAGGAAGAUGAACUGAACAAUGAAAGUAUUUUAGGAAAGGUUUUCGAUACAACUGAUGAUGCAUAUAACUUUUAUAAUGAUUAUGCAUUUGUACAUGGAUUUAGUAUACGUGUUCAUACCACAUGCAAAAAUAAGGGAACAAACGAACCUUAUCAAAAGACACUUGUAUGCGACAAAGAAGGUUUUAAACGGGAGGAUGGUAAUACAUCAAUUGGAAAUGAGAAAAAACGUCGUAGAGAAGAUAGAAUCGGAUGCAAAGCAAUGUUUCGAAUUUCAAAAAAGAAAGAUGGGAAAUGGUUUGUGGACUUGUUUGAUGACACACCCAAUCACGAAUUGAGCAUGACACCAACAAAAGUGAUGAAGCAUCGGUCUCAUGCGAAGUUCCACCGUACAAUGGAAUGUAAAUCUCUCAUGGUGGAACUUAAUCAAGCAGGGUUGAAACCUUCUCAAAUUAAAAAGGCUAUUAAUGCAAUGAAAACCUCAAAUGAAGUUGAUGUUACUUCAAAACUAUGUGUUAAUGCAUUAUCUGAGCAACGAAAACACAACAAAGGAAGGGAGUUUUAUGGACUAAUAAAACAUUUACAAGAUAAAGCAUUAGUGGAUAAUGAUUAG